AUGAGCACGUUCACCGCCUCGUCCAAUCCCGCGCGCCGAAUUGCGCCGCUCUCCACGCAGGGAUGGGCUGGCGGCGGCGGAAGGGGAACGGGGGGCAGCGGAUCCGGCGGAGGCGGAGGCGGAGGGGGGAGUCCGCGCGUCGCGGCAAGGCGGGCCAUGCUGCGUCGGCGCGCGUUGGCGGCGACGGCGCUGCUGGUAUUGGUGGGCGUCGCCGUGGUGCUGCCGGCGUACACGUGGAGCUCGAAUCGCAACUCGCGCUCCGAAGCUGAGAGCUUUUCCUGUUCAAUUCCCCUCUCCCUCCACCCCACCAAUCCCCCCCCUCCCCCCUCCGUCUUUCUAUCCCUCCCCCUCCUCCCCCCUUCCGCUUCCACGCCUGCCACACCCCCCCCCCCCAACCCCCCCUUCUUCCCCCCUCCCUCCCCCUUCCGCCCCACCUCUGGCAGCAGCAGCGGCAGCAGCGUCACCCCGAAGUUGCUGCUCGCUCAUAUUCUGGGCCUGCCAGAAGGGAAAUGCGACCACAACAACAGCAGCAGCGCCGGCGGCGGCGGUGGCCCUGGGGAGGCACCUCAUAAGUCUUCCCCUCCUUCCUCCGCUCCCGCCACUCUUCCUCCCUCUAACCCCAACCAUGCAGCUGAGCGCAUGAGCUCCCCAUACAUUUUCGAACCAUCUGGAUAUCCCCCUUGGAUCUUCCCUGGUGCUGCUGCUGCUGCUGCUGCUGCUGCUGCCACCGCCCCUGCCAACCCCCAUGACAACCAGACAGCAGCAGCAGUGGCUGCAGCAGCGGCAGCAGCAGCAGCAGCAGAAGAAGAAGAAGAAAUGGGGAUGGGGGGAACGGGGAUGGGGGGAACGGGGAUGGGGGGAACGGGGAUGGGGGGAACGGGGAUGGGGGGGAAUGCGGGUGGGGGGAGUGACAGGGCAGGAGGAGGCGCAGGAGGGGGGUCAGGAGGGGGGGAAGAGGGAGGGGAGGGGGGAGAGAGAGGGAAGGGAGGGGAGAGCGGAGAGAUAUGGGUAGCCGGGGGAAACGAGGAGAACGGAGGGGACGGAUGGUUGCGGUGCAUACGCAACCCGACUCUCGACUCGUCCGUGUGCGAGGCAGGCAUGCUGGCCGUGUUCCCGGAUAAGCUGCUCAUGGCGCGUGGGGGGGAGGAGGUGCGGAGUGUGAUGGGGCGUGUGGAGGAGGAGGAAUACCCCAUGUGUGAGGAAGGGGCGUUCCAGGUGCUGCUUGAAGUGGUGCAGGGCGUGGUGGGAGAGAGAGGUGGAGCAACGGCCAGUGGAGCAACGGCCAGUGCUGCUAGUAACGCGCUACGAGUACGUGAACCUGUACCACACGAGCACGGACUGGCUCAGUGGCAGGCCGUCAGUCAUCCACGUCCCUCCCUUCCUCCCCAUGCACACACCACCCCCUAUCAGGUGGAGCAACGGCCAGUGCUGCUGGUGACACGCUACGAAUACGUGAACCUGUACCACACCAGCACGGACUGGCAGAGCGCCUUUCAAGCCAUGCGCCUGCUGCACAUCUCCGUGCGGCCGCUCGUCGUCUUCCUCGACGCACAUGCCAAGGUGUGUGAGGGUGGGGAGGGGUGCGGAGGGUGGGCAACGUUGUUCGGCCCGUAUCGCUCCAUCAAGGAGUAUCAGCAGCACCUGCUCCCCUUUCCCAAACGCUCCCACCCCACCCUCUUCUCCUCAUGUCGUUCUGGCAACCUAGACGAGGCGUGGGCGACAAUGUUCGGGCCGUACCGCUUCAUCAAGGAGUAUCAGCAGCACCUGCCUCCCGGCACAGCGGUGUGCUUCCACAACGCUGUCUUUGUGCCCGUGGGAUAUGCUACGCCCAUCUUCCACUCCUAUGUCAAGGAGGCCGUGCCUGUGAGGAGGUGCGUUGCGCUGACACAUGCGCUGAGACAGAGUGUGUGGCGGCAGCGAGUGGGCCUCCCCCAACAGCAGCAGUGCUCCCCCGCUUUUCCUCUUCAACCUCUCCUCCUUUCACCGCCUCUCCCACUCCCCUUCUCCUUGUCUUCCCCUCCACUCCCCUGCUUCCCCUCUCCCGCUAUCCCUCUCACCAGGUGUGUGGCGGACACAGCAGUGCAGGGAGGCAGCGAGUGGGGCGUAACACCAUUCGGAUCCACAUCGCGCAUCACAGAAUUCGCCGAGUUUGUCAUCAAGUCCCACGGCAUCGGCCUGCACACCGGCCCCUGGUCCUUCCCCCUGCUCCCUGCUCCGCCGCCUCGCUUCCUCCCCUCGCACCGCCAACAAAACGGGACGCUUGCUGACCAUGACUCGAACCCCCGUGACCCUGAUACUGCGACCGGUGGUGCUGGUGGUGGCGCUGCUUCUGCUUCUGCUGCUGCUGCUGGUUUGACUCGCAUGGAGUUCUUGUGGUGGAGGGAUAGAGCAGCGGCAGGGCCGUCUGUGGUCAGCAAACUGGGGUAUUUCCCUUUAGUAGACUGGGGGAAGUUGGGUGAGGGCAAUCCAGCCCCGCAGCAGCAGGGGCAGCAGGGGCAGGAGGAGGGAGGGCAACGGGGGCGGCACUUGUUAUGGAGAUUGGAAGGGGGGAAGGAGGGAGAGAGGGAGGAGGACAGACAGGUGGAGCAACUGUGGGAGGAGAAGCAAAGGACGCAGCCGUGGUGGCAGCAGCAGCAGCGGGAGCAGGAGAAGCAGGAGAAGCAGGAGAAGCAGGGGAAACCACAGGAGCAGGAGCAGCAGCAACAGGCAGGUCUCCGGAAAAUUCUUGAGCAACACGAUCAGCAGCAGCAGCAGCAUCAGCAGCAGCAGCAGCAGCAGCAGCAGCAGCAGCAAGGAGAAGAGCAACAACUUGUAUCUAUCGACCUCUUAGAGCAAACCGCUUGGAGCCGGCCCGUGCGUGUGCUCGUAAUCCGGCGAGACUUCUUCCUGGCGCACCCGCGCAUGGAGGACAACGGGUGGGUGGAGGAGCGGGUGGAGGGCGUGAACGACCUCGUACGGUCGCUCAAGCAGUGGGCGUGGGAGCGCGGCGGGCUGAGACUGCUGGAUGCAGCAGAGAGGGUGGACAGGAUGGGAUCCGUGGUGGGUGGGGGGAAUUGGGAAAGGGAUGGGGGGAAGCAGGGAGGGGGAUGGGGUGAAUCAGGGAAAGGGAUGGGGGGAAGCAGGGAAGGGGACACGGGAAAUCAGGGAAGGGGAUGGGGGAAGCAGAGAAGGGGACAUGGGGAAGCAGGGAAGGGGACAUGGGGAAGCAGAGAAGGGGAUGGGGGGAAGCAGGGAAGGGGGUGGGGGGAAGCAGGGAAGGGGAUGGGGGAAAGCAAUGAAGGGGACAUGGGGAAUCAGGGAAGUGGAUGGGGGGAAGCAGGGAAGGGGACGUGGGGAAGCAGGGAAAGGGAUGGGGGGAAGCAGGGAAGGGGACGUGGGGCAGCAGGGAAGGGGAUGGGGGGAAGCAGGGAAGGGGACAUGGAGAAUCAGGGAAGAGGAUGGGGGGAAGCAGGGAAGGGUACAUGGGGAAUCAAGGAAGGGGACAUGGUGAAGCAUGGCAGGGGAUGGGGGGAAGCAGGGAAGGGGACAUGGGGAAUCAGGGAAGGGGACAUGGUGAAGCAUGGCAGGGGAUGGGGGGAAGCAGAGAAGGGGACAUGGGGAAUCAGGGAAGGGGACAUGGUGAAGCGGAGAAGGGGAUGGGGGGAAGAAGAGAAGGGGACGUGGGGAAACAGGGAAGGGGAUGGGGGGAAGCAGGGAAGGGGACAUGGGGCAGCAAGGAAAGGGAUGGGGGGAAGCAGGGAAGGGUACAUGGGGAAUCAGGGAAGAGGAUGGGGGGAAGCAGGGAAGGGGACAUGGGGAAGCAUGGAAGGGGACACGAGGAAGCAGGGAAGGGGAUGGGGGGAAGCAGGAAAGGGGAUGGGGGGAAGCAGGGAAGGGGACAUGGGGAAGCAUGGAAGGGGACACGAGGAAGCAGGGAAGGGGAUGGGGGGAAGCAGGAAAGGGGAUGGGGGGAAGCAGGGAAGGGGACAUGGGGAAGCAGGGAAGGCGACAUGGGGAAGCAGGGAAAGGGAUAGGGGGAAGAAGGGAAGGGGACACGGGAAAUCAGGGAAGGGGAUGGGGGAAGCAGGGAAGGGGACACGGGGAAGCAGGGAAGGGGACACGGGGAAGCAGGGAAGGGGACGGGGCCAAGCAGGGAAGGGGACACGGGGAAGCAGGGAAGGGGAUGGGGGAAGCAGGGAAGGGGACACGGGGAAGCAGGGAAGGGGAUGGGGCCAAGCAGGGAAGGGGACACGGGGAAGCAUGGAAGGGGAUGGGGGGAAGCAGGGAAGGGGAUGGGGGGAAGCAGGGAAGGGGACAUGGGGAAGCAGGGAAGGGGACACGAGGAAGCAGGGAAGGGGACAUGGGGAAGCAGGGAAGGGGAUGGGGGGAAGCAGAGAAGGGGAUGGGGGGAAGCAGAGAAGGGGAUGGGGGGAAGCAGAGAAGGGGAUGGGGGGAAGCAGAGAAGGUGAUGGGGGGAAGCAGGGAAGGGGAUGGGGGGAAGCAGUGAAGGGGAUGGGGGAAAGCAGGGAAGGGGACGGGGGGAAGCAGGGAAGGGGAUGGGGGGAAGCAGAGAAGGGGACAUGGGGUAGCAGGGAAGGGGAUGGGAGGAAGCAGGGAAGGGGACAUGGGGUAGCAGGGAAGGGGAUGGGGGGAAGGAGGGAAGGGGAGGGGGGAAAGCAGGGAAGGGGAUUGGAGGCGGCAUGGAAGGGGAUGGGGAGAGUGUGGGAGACGAGAGUGGUGGGGGGGAGAAGUGUGAUUAUUGGGGGGAGGGAAGGGCGUGUGUAG